AUGACGUUCCGCCGCUUGAGCCAUGAGGCAGCCUCUAAAGUAGUCCACGAGGGAGUUGUGGAAACGGAUGUUGCAGCAGGGAUUCACGUGCUGGAGUCUGCCAACCGAUUGGCAGCAGCUGCGAACAUUCGUGACAUGGGCGAUGGGAUGAUGGGAUUUGACGGCGGCAAUGGCUACGUUACCUGGGACGCCACAUCAAUUCUCAAGUCUUCUGCUGAUGGAUGCUACUAUUGGCUGUUCCUCCAGUAUACAUCUCAUGACUCGAGGCCCUUGAAUGUUUGGGGCGAAGACACGUCCUCUCAAAGUGUUUUGCUGGCUGAGAAUGUCGCACUUGAGACAACGGGCGCUUGGGAUCCUUCUGGGCUACAAUGGUUUCACUACGGUCCCCUGGAAAUCCCUCCUGAUUGCGAAAGAAUCAAGAUUGACUCUGUGAAUCAGGGCUUUUGGCCUCAUGUGCAACGACUAGUCUUGCUCCCAGCAGUAAUCGAAGCAUUCGAUUCGACCGUGCAACCAACAAGAAUAGUGGCCACCAAAAGUACAAAUAGUACUGAUGACGCCACUCCUACAAAAGACAAAGCAACCACAUCUCCGUGCCUUCAAAAACCCAGUCAUCCAGGAGUCAAGGCCCAAUUGGAAUCCAUUCCUGUACGAAAAGCUGCUCUGCAGAAAACUCGACCCGUUGCUGUGCUACGAGAACCUCACGAGAAAACCCCCAACGUGCGAGUCAAUGACGACAUGAUAUUCGUGGACGGCAAUGGCGGUGGAUGGUACUCGUUUGCAUUUGACAAUACCGGUACGACCUCCUGCAAGGAGGCUUUCAUUGACAUUACCUAUGCUUCUGGGGACCCACGUCCAAUUACACUGACAAUCAACGAAACAUUCUCCAGAGAUGGCUGCUGCUCGGAUGUUACGGGAGGAUACUACGGGGCUGACAAUUUCGUUCAUCGACGAUAUGGACCCUUCCCACUCCAAGAACAACAAUCCAACACCGUGAAAAUAUCCACAAACCAAGGAUGUUACUUUCCGCACAUUGGCGAGAUUCGUGUGGUGGACGCCAGCAAGAGCCUUGCUGUCACCACCACCAGAAACUCUAAAACCUGGAUAGUGCCACCCUCUCAAGAACCUUCCGAGGAAAUUCGACAAAGCCUUGGAUUUUGCUUUGGAGAGAAUACUCAAGAACCCAAUCCACACUUUCAACCGGAUCCCAGCUUUUACAAUGGCAUUUGCAUAGAUGGCCUGUGGGUGCUGGCGUCCAAACAGGUCGACAAGGGAAUCUUGAACUGUGCCGCGGAAUUAGUGUCAAGAUAUGUUCCUAUCGAGAUUCGCAAGCUCUGUUUGCAAUGGCGGGCGCCACUGGACAUGCCCCAAGGACCCUUUCGCUUAAUCAUUCUCGAUGCAGCCACCAAUCAACAGGCGGGGAAUUGUCCAGAGUUUCCCGACUGCUGGACGGGACGUAACAGCACAAUCAAUCCAGGAGUCUUUACCAGUUCCGAUGACUUUCGAUUGUCAGGCAAUGGCAAUGGCAACCAACAGUACUACUACGGCGGAGAACUCACGGUGCACGAAUUGACGCAUGGUUUGGAUCUCGUCAUACGGCAACAGCUCGAUCCCUACUUUAUGCAACAAGUGGAGGAUUGCUUUCAGCAAGGACGUCUCGUCUAUCACAAGUCAUACGCGGCUGCCAAUCGACACGAAUACUUGGCAGAGAUUUGCAUGCUCUUUGUUGGAACAAAUCCGCACAACUUUUUGCGUGGGUGUUGUCAAUGUGGCCAGUCGGAAACGGGCUAUUGUGACUUUGAGCACCACAAUCAGUUUGCGUCAGGCAAGGCAGGAGUCAACUUUCGACGCAAAAGUGACCUGAUCCAAAAUGAUCCUGGAGGCUACCGAUUGCUCAAAUCCUUCCUGAUGGAAAUACACGACAGUGACAAAUUCUGUGAAGAGGAAAUGAACGAUACCGGAAUCCUGGCAUAUCGGGGGCUGGCUGCUGGUGCGAAUCUGGCAAAAAUGUUGUCUAAAAAUCAGACAAAGGCGUCGCAGAAAGAUCUGUUGGUCGAUAUCGAGUCAAGCGCAUCAUUUAGCGGCUCCGAAAGCCGGAGCCAGUUGGAGGAUGACCAGGAAAGGAAGCCAAAGAAACCUACCACGAUUCCCAGAGACUACUUGCUACAACGAGGAGCCAGCCGCGGCCAUUGCUUCCCCGCCGACAAGGUGUGUGCUGGUGUGCAUGGUGUCCUAGGUCAGGGUAUUGUCGGCGCCCCAGAGAUUGAGAACUUUUGCCACGAUGGAAGCAGUCGAGAAGAUGCAAUCGUGGCUCUUCGAACACUGGUUUAUGGGAUUCGAAAAGGUGCAACAGGAUUGAAGAACUUGCCUCAAAAUGCCGUUCCUGUUCCGUCAGACCACGGUGGCGACUUCGACAGGGACUCGAAUUGGUUAAUUGUGCCGUGUAUGACGUUACAACAAGCGCGCGAAUGGAAAGGCGAUGACUAUUGGGCUUUAGCCAUCUGUGGCAAUAAACCAGGGCAUGUGUCCCGCAACCUUGCGGAUAUAGAUGAGACUACAGAAGCAGACGCUUAUCAAGAAGCAUAUAAUCAGAGUGCUGACAAUGAAAUUUUUGAAUCUCUCCUUCGUGGGAAUGUCCACGAAGAAACCCUAUAUUUGGAUCGUUGCGAGGAGCAACAUAUUCGAAAUGCAACAUCUCUGUUAUCGGACUGCGUAAAAGCAAUUGCCGAUGUUGUGAACCGAGAUGAUCUGCCCCCCGACAUCCCCAAGAACACAGGAAACGCUUCGAUUCGGGCGAUGACAAUGCAGGAAAGAAGUCUGCAAACGCCGAACAUCAGAGAACGGGUCCCAUCGCACCAUCAGAGUUACUACACGUCUUUUCAAGCGUCGAAAACAAACGCAACUUCUGCAAGGGCGAAAGGAUUUUAUUUAAAGGACGCUACUGGUACCGGUACGGUUGAGGUUCCAACGAUGCCGGAAUCUUUGAACUUGAGUAAGGUCGUCGCCGUGAAGGUGCACGUUCGUAAAAUACAGGGGAUUGACGGUAUAGUCGACCCGUUGAUGUUGGCUAUCAAGGCGGCUGUGAAUUGA